AUGUGCUGGAAGCAGACGCUCAGCAGUGCUCAGAUGGGGGGCCUGAUUCAGAGCCCUGUGCUGAGGAGAAGGAGCCUGGCCAGCUCGGGGCGGCUCGUCACGCUGCCCCGUGUGGUCCCAGACUCACGAGCAGCCUCGGCGCGGGGCCAGGCCCUGUGCAGUCUCAGGGCUGGGUGCUCCCGCGGGCAGGGCCAGAGGCUGCAGCUCUGGGGACUCUCGGCGGGCGGCACGGGCCGAGCCUGGGGUUCUGGGGGCCAAGGCUGCAGGAGGAAGCAUGGGCUUGGCAGAGUGACUCUGGAGGUGCCCGGGAGCCCCCACAGAAGGCCUGGGGAGCCCAGAGCUCCAGCUCCCAACGCUAAGGAGCAGGAGUCAUCCCACUGGGCCGGAGCGGUUCCUGGCCCCAGCCACUGUCCCUGUGCCUUGCUUAUCGUGGCCCCGGAAGCAAAGGCUGGCAUCCCCCUUCUUACAGGUGGCAAACCGCUGAGUCCCGAGCAGACCGGCCGUCAUGGCAUCGGCAAGGGACGUGCACCACUGCAUGGAUGUCCCAAGCGUGGCUCCCACGUCCCCCUCGUCCCCCCAGCCCUGCUAGAGGGCGCUGUCACGGCCAGGCCACUCCCCGGCCCUGGGGCACGGCGACGUCUGCAGCGAGGCCCACAGGGCGGUGCCGGCUGCUCUGGGUGGACUGUGAGAGCGGAGGGCGGGGGCACCCCUGCCCCCGGCGGGCUGUGUGGGGUGGUGACGGUGCUGUCACCCGACGUGGCCCAGACACCUGAGUACGUUUCCGGACCCGAGGAGGCCGUCAUCUCGUGCCUCGCCGAGCGACAGGAUUUACGGCAUCCUCUUGUGCCAGAACACUGCCUGUCCGUGCACGUGCAGCGCGGCGCGGUUCCUCUGUGCUCCGGCCACUCUCUCGUUUCUGUGCAUCUGCUCCUGGCACCAAGGACGGGUCCGCCAGCACCGUCACUGAGGACUGCCUUUCGGAGGUGUGCGCCACGCCUGGUAUCGCCUUCCUGGAUCAGCGGGAGAGGACGUGUUUGCCUGCGCAGGGGGUCUCGGGCCGAGAGAUGCAUCCUGUGCUGCCCCUGUGACACCCAGGUGAAUUCUGAACCACCAUCACCCCCACCAAAGGAGCACAGACAGCCGUGGCAGCAACCCCGUCACGUCACGUCCCGGCAUCAGGAGGCAAUGACACCAUUUCCAGUGUGCUCACUGCACAGCCACCAGACCACGUUCCGUCGCGAUGUGCCCCUCUGGCAGCCAUUAGCCACGCUGGUGAGCAGCACGCACCAGCUGUUCCCCGGAAGUGCCUGCACGUCCCAAGCACCCCACAGCCCAGGAGACUGCGGAGCCCUCAGUGGCUUGGCCUCUGUCCCUGACUGCAGUGUGAGCGAGAGCCCGGGUCCCCGCUCCUGGCCAGCAAGGGUGGACGACGACGAGAACGCGUGCUUUCAGAGUCACCUCUCUUGCACUAGCCCGCCCUCUGGGAUGAUUUCAGCUCUGUCGCUGACUUGAU